GGAGCAGUAACAAAGGUGUUGCGUUUAUAUUUUUGUUGAGUGUAUAAAGAAAUGAGGGUGGAUCAAAACUUCUGCGUGGUACUGCAAACGUAGGUGAACCUACAAGCACUGAUAACCUUGAACAGUAGAGAGGGAGAGUCUUUCUUAGACAUUUUCUUCUAAGGAAAGUAUUAACCUCCUUCUAACCUUUGUGCCAUAAUGAAAGCUGUUCAGUGGCACAUACCACAUGGCACAUAAGUUGUUUAUUCCUAUUUAUGGAGAUCUAAAUAAAUACAUAAAUAAAUAAAUAAAAACAAAUCAUAAUUAUUUGUUUAAAACUUCUCUCUAAAUAAGACUGACAGAUCGCACACAGAGGCACUAAGAGAAGAUACUUUAAUGGGCUCUGUCAUGCAUGGUCAUGACCAAAAGUUUAUACACAAUGCAGAAGUAAAGCAUCGAAUUGUGCACUGGAGUCAAUUCAAGAAGUCUGUCCUUCCAGCACAGGGUCUGUUAAUAAGGCACAUAUUGCCUAAUUCUGUGCACAUCUGACUAAAAAAACAAGUCCUUUGGUAAAUGAUUCUUCUCACAUCAAGCCGUGAAGGAAGAAAAGACUCAGCUCACCUCCUCCACACUUCUGUUGGUCUGAACAAAGUAAAGAGGGUUACAGUAAUAUCUGCGUAGCAGGACAUCCAUUCAAACAUGUGGAACAUGAAGCAGUUAGAGUAUGGAGCCCUGGCAAGACGAGCAAACCAGAUCAAGGACGAGCUCAGACAGGGAGUGAGAAGACCCUACAAAGAAGUGAUCGAUGUCUUCCAGGGUGAUUUACACAGGGCAGGAAUGAAACCUCUGACAUUUGUCAGACAGGUUCUUGCAGCGUGUGUUUACCCGCCGCUUAUCAACAGCAGCAAUCUGCCACUUGAUGUUAGACAGAGGGCCCAGGAGGAGCUGGGGAGAUGUGUUGGAGGGAGUGUAGAACAUUCUCAAUGUCUUAGUGAACCGUGAGGCUUCACCAAGAACAGGUGUGUUGAUUCCAGUGCCAUGCCACAACAAAACCGUGUUGUCCAUAACGCAGUUGGGUGCAGUCGCCGUCCCUUAUUACCUGAGUGAGGAGCAGGGAUGGGCGCUGCAGGUGGAAGAGCUGCAGCGAGCGCUCGAAUCUGCAAAGGGAGUCUGUAAUCCUGUGGCUCUGUACGUCAUCAACCCCGGAAAUCCAGCAGGUUAUGUUCAGAGUCAAAAAUCAGUGCUAGAGGUGAUCCGGUUUGCUUGGGAAAAGAGGCUCUUUCUUCUGGUUGAUGAGCUCUAUCAGGACCGUGUUUAUGGGGAAAACUGUGAGUUUGUCUCCUACAAAAGGGCUGUGAGCGAGAUGGGGCCUCCUUUCUCAGGCACAGUGGAGCUGGCGUCCUUUCACUCAGUGUCCAAAGGCUUCUCGGGAGAGUGUGGUCUCCGUGCUGGAUAUGUCGAGCUGGUAAAUCUGGAUCCUGCUGUCAUGAAAUACAUCCACACACUGUUCUCCAAAGAUGCUUGUUCACCAGUUUUAGGUCAGAUUGCCCUGGAUCUGAUGACGGACCCUCCAAAGCCAGGAGACCCCUCGUACCUGCUCUAUAAACAGGAAAUUGAGCAGAUCAGGACUGUGCUGCUUCAUAGCGUGAAGAAAGUCCACGAGGUUGUCAACAGCCUACCGGGAUUCAGCUGCCCACCCAUUGAAGGAGGAUUGUUUGCAUUCCCCAGACUGCACCUCACACCAAAAGCUAUUCAGAAAGCCAAGGAAUUAGGACUGCAGCCAGACACAUUCUACUGUACGAGACUGCUAGAAGAAGGUGGAGUGUUUACCGGUCCUGGUUGGGAGUACGGACAAAAGGAGGGCACCUACCACAUCAGAUUUUGCAUCGCGGUCCCUCAGGACAUCAUGGAGGAAUUACUGAGACGCCUGAGCAGCUUCCACAUGACAUUUAUGAAGGAUUUUUCUUAAAGACAAAGUUCCCAUUGGACUUUCCUUUUUCUGUAAUCCCAUA